AUGGCCAAGAAGUCUUGUGUUGAUAGGAAGGGCGUGGUGAUGAGGCUGGAUGAGUCCUGGCCGGAUGCAGAGCUACAGAGGGUGCUGAGUAUUGUUAGGCAGGCCAUGGGGGCAGCAGACGCCUAUGGUAUCGGCUCACUGGCGCUGGGCAGGGGAAAGGUGUACACUUCUAGUCCUGAAGUCAAAGUUCCUGAGAAUAAACCUGCCAAGCUGCCUUGCACCUACUCGGACUUCUCCUCGCCCCGAGUGGAGUGGAAGUUUGCUCAAGGUGACAUCACGAGCCUCGUUUGCUAUAACAACAAGAUCACAGCUCCCUUUGAAGACCGAGUCACCUUCUCAAAUACUGGCAUCACCUUCCACUCAGUGACCCGGAAGGACACGGGGAUGUAUACGUGCAUGGUCUCUGAUGAAGGCGGUACCGCUUAUGGGGAGGUCAGCGUCCAGCUCAUUGUGCUUGUGCCUCCAUCCAAACCCACAGUCAACAUCCCCUCCUCUGCCACCAUUGGGAGCCGGGCAGUGCUGACCUGCUCAGAGACAGAUGGUUCCCCACCCUCUGAGUACCUCUGGUAUAGGGAUGGGACCCUGAUGCCCCUGGAGCCCAAGAGAAAUCGUGUCUUCAGCAACUCUUCCUACAGCCUGAACCCCAAGACAGGGGAGCUGGUCUUUGAUCCCGUCACAGCCUCCGAUACUGGAGAGUACACCUGCCAGGCACAGAACGGGUAUGGAGCACCCAUGAUGUCCGACGCUGUGCGCAUGGAGGCAGUGGAGCUGAACGUGGGAGGCAUCGUGGCAGCUGUCCUGGUAACACUCAUUCUCCUUGGAGGCUUGAUUUUCGGCAUCUGGUUCGCCUAUAGCCGAGGCUACUUUGAUAGAAAGAAGAAAGGGACCGAGAGUAAGAAGGUCAUUUACAGCCAGCCCACUGCCCGAAGUGAAGGGGAAUUCCGACAGACCUCGUCAUUCCUGGUGUGACCCUCGUGUCCUGUGUCCAGCCUUGCUCGGGUGCUACCAGACUCUCGCCCUGGAGUCUGCAAUUUCACUGGAUGCCUUGUUUAUCUUCUG